UUGCAUCACAGCAAUGAACGAAAACCAAAAAUCGACCCAGAUAUUUUUGCUUUUCUUUUUCCUUCCAAAAUGAUGUGCGCCGGCUUAAUCGUAGUUAGGUUAAUUGAACUACAAAACUUUUUUCUGUUUGUAUGAUAUCGUAGUGGGAAUUAUCCAAUUAUGUCCGAUAUUUAGGUCGACUGAGAAUACGAGUUCAUUUUUCCAGCAGAUAUAUUGCAUGUGCUUGCCAAAAUCAAGCGAAGAUACAUAUUUAUCAUUACCUUCUGUUUAAAUUUCGUAUGACACGAAAAGUGGCAUACGUUAACUUUUUGAAGAAUUCGGACUCCUAUCCAUAAGGAAAAUCAGAAGUAGUCUUGAGAUCAGAAAUUAACCACUCGAACAGAUUUGGAACCACCGGCAGACAAAAUUAUGUGCCUUCUUACCCUUCCUACAAAGAAGUUGAAAAUUGAUUAUUUAACCAUCUUGCAUAAUUGCCUAUAAAUUUUAUAUGUAUGGAGCGACAGACACUGCGAUUAUUACAGCAUUAGUCAGUACUACAGAUACGUAAACUAGCGUUUUGAAAUCAACAAGAUGAUCUAAAAAAAGAUAACAAUUACCAACAACUGUAUUCAAAGUUCAAGUAUAAGAAGCUUCUGUUAGUGCUUACAUUUUUUAUAAUUUUAUACUUUUAUAUAUAAAGAUUCCCUCCAUCGCGUGCUCGAAUGAGCUUGCGCUUAACUAAACACAAGAGCUCUGGUAUUACCUUGAUGACCACCAUUCUGAGGAAUUUCGGCCAGUCUAUACCUUGUAAUCUACAGCAGGACGGUACAAAAUUGAACGAAUUCAUAAACGUAGAGCUAAGAAAGUUUACGUAGAUUUUAUUUGUUUUAUUAUGUAGGCCAUAAACUUUAUACCUACAAAUAUAUGUAUGUUUAUUAAUGUCAGUUAGCAGAUAUCCCACACGUUUUAAUUACCCUGUUUAGGUCUACUCCUACUACAUUCGUUCUGGAGCUAAAUAUAAAACUUCUUGGCCAGCUUCAUUAGCAACGAUGUGACAAUUAGAUAAACGAGAAAAGCUUUCUCAGCAGAUGUGUAGCAAAAUCUGUAGAUUAUAUUUAACAAUUUUAAUUCUUUUAUGCAUUACUGUGACCUCGCUGUAGUCGUAUCAACUUUUAUAGAAGGUAUUGCUCAAAAGAAACUAGGACAUUUGCAUAUAUUUUUGUCGAGAACAGUUCGGCUCCAAUCGCUCGCAAAAAAAUUUGGAGUCUUUUCAAGUUAAAGAUGAAUCGCAUUCAAAUCUCUGAAGGUAAAUCUCACUCGUGUAUAACGGUAGAAAAAAUAGUAACUGGAACUUGGAGAACGUACACAGUUUAAGCUUUUACAAUAGCCUGUACACUCAUUCAAUAUGGCCUUUCCAACGGAUAAAUCUUUCUCUAGUUUAACUAUGCUACUUUGCCAAGGAUAAUGUUUAUUGUCCUUUGUGUAUACAAGUUUUUUGUUUCAAAUAUUGUAGCGUGUAUAUUUAACGGUAUGUCAUUAUCAGUGUAUAGAUGAAAACGGAGCGAAAAUAACAGGAAAACGGUGCUCCGUAAUCUAGGAGAACCUUGAUAUCGCUCCGCCACUUAAAGCCUUGUUGUUGAAAUAGCAACCUGCGCUUCAUUACGUUUAACUGCAAUUAAUUGUUACUCUUCCCGCAUCACUGUAAAAGCCAAACUAGCUGCCUUAGAUAAACCAUUGCAAUAGCAUGCUACGCCUGUGUCAUAAUUAAGAAUUAAUGAGGAUCUAGAUGAUAGCCGCAGUAAUCGAGCUAUUUCGCACUCUACUCCACAGACUACUUGCUUGGCAUAGUAGUCGUCGGCUAUCUCUUCGUGGUGGUCUAUGAGCGAAGACAGUUACGUCAAUUAGGUAAAGUCUUUGCAAAAAACUUAUUCUGUAUUCGUGUAAUUGUUCAACUGAGAUUUCGGAGAAGUUUACCAUUUGAAUUUCGCGAAAUAUUUCACAACUGGAGUGGCAAAGAACUGCCACGGCUUGCUCGCCAUCACGGCCACUGGUAAUACGGCAGUUAUUGGCCGCAGGAUGGUGCUCGCUGCAAAUGGGCAUCAUGGUGAUUCAUCUGAUGAUGAACAGGAAAGAGGUAGGUUCCAAUAUAUACAUGUAUAUAUGUGUACAUAUAUGACAGUCUCUAUAAUUUCCAACAAAUGUGCAUGAAUAUUAAUUAUUUAUUUUUGUGCCAGCACUAAAAGUAAAGUUAACUUAAAGGCAUGUCACAAACGUUUACCAACUGCGCAUUGUUGCAUUAAGUUAUGAAAUAUGCGCGGGUGCAUUUAUUUCACUGAAAUACUUGAAGAGGAGCAUAUACAUAUGUGAGUAUUUGGUACAUUACACGUCUAAGGGUAAGAUCUUAAGCUUCUUGAUUUUUUAAUGAUAACCACUGUAGUACUAUAGUUCUAUAAACUUAGGCUAACAAAUACACAUAUAUAAUGUUCAAUAAUGGUGAUGUAUUAAAAUAACAUGAACAAUACUUGAGGGGCUGUAAGUCCAAAACCAUUAUAUGACACCAUCGGAAUACUGAGCGAAAUGUAGAAACCGAAAUAAAGUCAAAGAUUACUUUAAAGCCUUUUAAUAUUUUUACUUUUCUGAACAUUUAUGUUCGGAAAAAUAGAUAUAUUAUAGAAGUACCUAAAGUAAUAUUUCACUCUUGCGGUCUCUACAUUGCAUUCAAUGCUCCGAUGAUGUCGUAUGAUGCUUUUGCGCCAUGGAAUGUAUGGCCCUCUGAGCUCGUUAUAUUAACAUUAUUGAAUAAGUAUGUAAUUCCGAGAAUAUUCAAAUGGCUAAUUGUAUCCAAAAAUCAUUUAAGAUACAUCAUCGUUCAGCUAAUAUUUAAUGCAAUACCAAUAACAAACAACAACAUAUAUAUUAUAAAUAUUAUAUUUUGCUCGUUGCGACUUUCGCGUACUUGUUCACGAAAAGACAGAUAGCUAAACAUAUUUAUAUGGUUAGUUUAUCUAAAUCAUUUAUUACUUUAAUAUAUGUAUAUUUUUCUUAAGAACAAGAAUUUUGUAAUAUUAGUUUUCUAACUACACUGAAAGAUUUAUUUGAAUUUUCUUUUAUAUAGCCGUCUACAUUUGUCGACACUACUUACCACAAAAGAUUAAUAAGCGCAAUAAUACUCUUAAUAUUGAUACUAUAAUAUUGCCCCAAUCUACGUGCAUUCCCUUCGUCCAGUAAAGAUAUGCUUAAUUGUGCUUGACUUGACAAAUUAAUCUUGAAGCUGCUUUCUCUUUUAAUCGCUAUUAAGACAGGUACAGAAUUAGUUUCGGUUAUUAUGAAAAUUAAACAUUUUUUUUGUGGUUUUGCUAGCGCAUAAGUAUAAGCUUUUUUUCUAAUUAUAUCAUUUCUGUGGUCUUAGGGAACGUAAUUCAUAUUGGCAGCGCAUAUCAAGCGACUUGCCCGGAGCUGAUAUCGUCUUGCACCCCCUGUCCCGCAAGCGUACCUGAAAAAGCUUUGUUGGUAUAACGGAGAACAGGCCCUGGGUAUGCUGUACUGGCAUGGCUAUGAUGUGGAAAAGGCAAUCCACGAUUUGCCAAACUUUACGCCCCUUCCCGAUGAAUGGACUGUUGAGGACAAGGUGCUAUUCGAACAAGCCUUUCAAUUCCAUGGAAAAAACUUUACAAAAAUUCGACAGAUGCUGCCGGAUAAAACAAUCCCAUCACUGGUAAAGUAUUAUUAUUCAUGGAAAAAGGCCAAGAACCGCGUGUCGCUCAUGGACCGCCAAGCUAGAAGACUUCGCCACGACGAACCUAAUGACGCAGGAAGCGGAAACGCUACGGAGAACGAAUCUGACUUGGAUGAAAAGGAUGCAGCGUGCAGCCAUUGUGGACAAAGCGGUGGAGCGCAGAGCGGUCUUGUGUCUUCUCCAAAGGGAAGCUUGUGUACAGACUGCAAUCAAAAUUGGAAGACGACUGGCAUGCUGCCAAAAACUGGUAGCUUGUCGAAGCACAUCGUGGGACAAGGAGGCGCCGCCAACGGUUUGACCGGAGUCGAUCUUAAGAAACAGAAAAAACCGCCCAAAGGAAUGUACCUUAAUUGUCAAGACCUAAUGGCUAUUGCCACAGGCCCCAUCGGACAAGGCGAUUCCAUUUUGAAGGCACUCGAUUCUGAGCUUUGCUCGUUAAAGCGGCAGGUUCAAUUAAACAAAGCGGACAUCUCAAAGUUACGCGAAGAAGCAGCUAAAGGAAUAGAUGACCUGCGGCCGCCGGAAACUGGGAUAGUAAAAGCAAAUCCUCGUUGGACAAACGAAGAACUUGCGCUUGCCGUUCAGGGAGUGCGCAAGUAUGGUACUGACUUUAAAGCGAUAGCUGAGGUCGUUGGGAACAAAACCGAGGCCCACGUGAAGAAUUUCUAUGCCAUUCACAGGGAGCGCUACAAACUGGACGAUAUUCUUUCCGAGUGGGAAGCGGAACGAGGUAUUUCUCCUCGCACAAAUGAGAAGCCUGAAACCGAACGGAAUGUUCCCAAAGUUCACGAGGUAGCCAUUAGCAGCGCUCUCUCUAGAAGUGCAUCUCCCAGCAUUAGAAACAGCAAUACGACCAAUUCUGCAAACGUAGCUACCGCGCCGGGCUCACCGUUAGCCUCUAAGGCUUCUAAACUUUCAUAAAGCGCAAACGAGACCCGAUGACAUAUUAUUCAUUUGGUCAUUAAACUAAGGUUAAAUUUACGUGUACGCUAUAAAGAGAUUACAUUGACGCUCUGGUUUGGCAAGUUUAUUGCGCCGACAAUGUGUUGCGUCUCAUCAACAAGAUAUCGGCGAUCUUUAACACUAUAAGCAGAUCAAGAAAGAUAUAUAGGAAAUGUCCAACAGCACUUAGGUGAAUUGUGACUAACGCGUUAACCUUUCCUUUUGAAUGGAGCUUAGCUCUUAGUUGAUAGCUCAACUACAUUUAAGCUGACGCAAUUACUGCACAUAAGAAAACAUUGGCAUAAUCAUCAUUUAUUUCACUAUUAUUAUAGUGCGUUGCGUUUCCGCUCAGUGUCUGAUUUAAUCAAAUGAGUCAAAGCUUUUUUGCGAACGAUAAAGCGAUGUUAUGUUUCAUGCCACAAAUUAAACUCUAUAAAAAUCGCAAUUUAUACAACAGAGUCAUAGGUUUUACCACAGAAUCGUUAUUGAAUAUGUCAGGUGGCGGUGACUUUUGUUUCAGAAAGGCUAAAAUAUAUUACUUAUCAGAAGCAAAGGUAGUAAUUGUUAUUGUCAUUUUUCUCACACUUAAUCCGAGUAACUUAGCAAUUUUAUUCGUACUUUUUAUUAAAUCUGAUUUGUUUGCAAACGUCGUUUUACUUUUUAAAUCAAAAUAAAAAAACAACCUGA